CCUUCCCCCACAUUGCUGCCUCUACUUUUGGCCCCGCAGUCGCAGGCCCGGAGCCAGACCGCCUCCAGGCUCCUCUGGCGCCCCGUACCAGGCAGAGGACAAGGGGGAGAUGCGUCUCACCUGUAGGGACUGGACACUUCUCAAGGCGUGGCCUGAUCGGCCCGACCAGCUUGGGUCUGCUGGUCCUGCUCCUCACACAGAGCAGCCUCAUGUGGUGAAGCACGUGUGUCUGUUUAACUGACUUCUAUUGGACAUGAAGGCAUUGAUCGCAGUACACUUUUUGUUCCCAAAUGCCAUGGGAGGUGAAGUCAGACAGUUUUCAAGGCACCUUUCCUCUAUCUGGCUGCUUUCUAGGAAAAUCAGGUGGUAAUUCUUUUGAGUAAGUGGAAGAUGCUUUCCUAAACUGUGGAGUUUAAGUCUGUGGCUUCCCUUUCCAGCCUUUCCACACAUCCUGAACUUUGUAAUGUCCUAAUUGCUGUAGCCCAAGUUGCUACCACAUUUUGCUGCCACAUUUGUCCCCAGUUCUUCCCUGCUUGUGUGCAGGUCAAGGAAAACAUUGGAGAGACUUGCCCUGGCAGUAUUUUUGUCAGAGAAUAAUGAAAAGGGCCUGUGAGGUUUUCAGAUUGCCUGACAAAUGCUGGAUUGUCCUUCCAUCAGAUGUCGAGAUUUCUGAUAGCUUUCUGUAGGAAACCUCAUGUCUUGCAUUCCCUUGGUUCUGUAAUAGCCACACCCCCAGCACAUCCUACCUUUCCUUCUGCUCGUGAUACAUAGGUUUUCACCAAGCAUGUCCCUGGAACCCCAAGGAGCUCUUCUAUGUAUCAUGUGCCUUCCCCUCUCCCCUUUCUUUCCUGCCUGUCCCAGAUAACUCUUUCAUGACAGUGCUAAAAUCAUAUGUGCUGUGCCAGCCAGUGCCCUGGGCUCUGACUUGAUCUGUUUCCUUGAGGCUGGUGGUGAAUUUCUUGUUCUUGCUUGUUAAAAACAUUUGAUGUUAGUCUGCAGACACCUGAGGGAAACCUCACCCUCUCUCCAGAGCAGGAAUGGAAGUCUCCCUCUUGGCCUCCUCCUUUCCAUACUUGGUUAGUACUUUGCAGCAAUCCUUCUCAGCUCUGGACUUCAGUCCCUUUCCCAUGAUGAACCUAACUUAAUGCUUCCCUUACCAGGAAGUGGCCCCUUUCCAGGAAUUAUUGACUUGUAUGGAGCUGGAGGAGGACUCCCUGAAUACAGGGCAUGCCUGCUGGCCAACCACGGCUUCGCUGUGCUGGCUCUGGCUUUCUACAGCUAUGAAGAUCUCCCCAAAGCGAUGAAGGAAUUCCAUCUGGAAUAUUUUGAAGAAGCUGUAAACUAUAUGUUACAACACACCCAGGUUAAAGGUCCAGGAAUUGGUUUGCUUGGACAUUCAAAGGGGGGUGACCUAUGUGUCUCUAUGGCCUCCUUCCUAAAGGGCAUCACAGCCACUGCCCUUAUCAAUGGCUCGGUGGCAAAUGUGGGUGCGGUGCUCCGCUACAAGGACAUCAUCAUUCCACCCCUUGGUAUCAAUCCAAAACGCAUCAAGGUCGGCAAGUCCGGGAUUGCUGAUAUUAUUGAUGCAUUGAACAGCCCACUGGAAGGGCCUGACCAGCAAAGCUUUAUCCCUUUGGAGAAGGCUGAGUGUUGCUUCUUGUUCAUUGUUGGCCAGGAUGAUCACAACUGGAAAAGUGAAUUCUUUGCAGUUGAGGGGAGCAAACGUUUGCAAGCACAUGGGAAAGAAAAGCCUGAGAUAGUCUGUUAUCCUGGAGCAGGACACUACAUUGAACCUCCCUUUUUCCCAAUGUGUGCAGCCUCAAUGCACUCGCUACUUGGCAAGCCUGUGAUGUGGGGAGGGGAGCCCAAGGCACACUGUGAGGCACAGAUAGAUGCCUGGCAGCAGAUCCAAGCUUUCUUUCGUAAACACCUCACAGGCAAGCCAUCUGGAACAUCCAGUAAGCUCUGAUACGAAUUAGGCUACUUUACAAAUGAAGAUGCUGGUUUUGUUAAAUGUUUUAUUAAAUGGCUCAGAAUGAGAACAAGGUGUAGGGAAAGAUCAAAUGAGAAAGCCUUAUAAAUAUGAUUGCCUGGCAAAGGAUUUGGAGAAUACAGAGACUGUGAGUGAAAUUGAGAUGAGAACAAGCUUUAGAUUUUGGUCCUUGGUUGCGAAGCAACUGGGGAACAGUGGUAUAGCUAGUGGAAGGUAACUCCCUUUUUUGACCCACAGACAGAUCCAAGGGUCAGAUAAAAUGUUCUGUCUCAACCCUCAAAAAUGUAUAGUUUAUUCCGCACCUGUAACCCUCCCCUGAAAUAUCAUGUAUCUGUAAUCCCAUUGGUCCAAAGUGUUAUUCCACACCGAAGCCCCCUUGAUAAGGUGUACCCGGGAGACCAGGGCUCUCUCUCCCACCCCUUCUCUCUGCCCUCUUGGACCCUCUCUUGGAACUCUCUCUCGCUGCAGCUAGCAGCUCCAAGCAGGGCCCCACAACAAACCAUAUAUCCUAAGACCUGACUUAGAGAUCUCUCGUCCAUCCAGGACCAGCCCUCACCACAACAAGGAACAUCAGAGAAUAAGCUAUUAGGUUUCUUGAAGGAUGAUGGUGGGUGAAAGCAAGAGCAGCUUCCUUUUUACACCCUCCUCUAAUCUUGGUUAGAGGCCUUGGCCUCUUCUUUUAGGUAGUACAGGGUUAUAAGCUGUGGAAAACAAAUGGUGGUAAGGCUGUGUGCUUUGGGUGUGAAUUAAAGUGGUAGGUAACUUUUCCAAGCUAGGAACCAGGAUGAAAACAUGCCUUGGCCUUCUCAGAGGAGAUGUAUACCAUUGCCCAGCUUUGUGUUCUAGUUCCAGUAUUCCAGUUUUUCUGGAAGCAGUAAUCUACCUCCAGUAAUCUUUCUGUUCUCCCUGUGCACUUCUCCCUCCUUUGUUGCUCCUUGCCCUUCUCUGAAACCACUAAAAUGCAUCUGCCUUAAAAAUAUCUAAUAUUUCACUUACCAAAAGCAGUACUACUGUGCCACUGCCUUAGAAAUAUGUAAUAUUUCACUUACCAAAAUCAGUACGACUGUGCCAGCACCCUCAGGUAACACUUCACAUUUGUAGGCAACAAACAGCCCAUAGCUUGAUAUGAUGUUCAGAGAGCAUGCUGAAGAAAUGAGACAUUUAAACAGUCUGUGGAAGUUCAUAAACGUGAAGAAGCAACAGAACAGGUCCUGUUAGGUAUGCUGGAGUCGCUCCCGGGUGUCACCUCAGCACGGCUGGGAAUCGCUGUGGAGAUCCGCAGCACUGUUAGAGCUCCCUGCCUGUACAUUGCCCAGAUGCCGCCUCAGCUGCCUGCUGCUAAGGGCUGCUGAGAGCAGCCCGGCUGCGGCGCUGGCACGGCGGCUCCGUGAGGCGGCCGGCCCGCUGUGGCGGGGCGGGGCUCCGGCCGCCCGCCCGCUGCUCUCUGCGCAGCGGGGCGAGCGCUCAGCCCCGCGCGAUCGGCAGUAACUUUGUGCACCCAAGCGUGGGGUUGAAGGAGCAGACGCUGGGAGUUGCCGUGCAUUUGCACUGUGUGUCCGAACACGUUGUACCCACCAGUGCCUGCAGCCCGACCUCGCCUGUGCGUCAGGCCCGUUUGAGCGUUUUGUAUCCACCGUACUGUAAUGGAUAAAAGUGAAACUUUAA